AUGGAUAAUAAAUUAUUCAUUUCUUUGGAGAAUUUAUUAAGAUUACCAGGUAGUAACAGAGUGGCAAAUGAUGCUUCUAUAUUAACUUGUGGUUGUAUUGUAUCAGAACAACAAUUCUUAUUGAAUGGUGUUUCUACUUGUCAAAUCUGUCAAAAAACAAAUGUUUCAAUCUUAUCGGAAAUUGGACCCUUGCGAGAUUUAUAUCAAAUUUUGCAACAACAAAGUCAAAGUAAUCGACGUCGCUCGUCUUCAAAAAGAUCUAUAAAGUCAAGUAAUAUAGAUGAUCAUGAAUCUACAGAUUUGAUGGGAUUAUUUUAUAAAUUUGCAAAAGAGGAACAAAUAGACCACGGCUCAAAAAUUGAUCCAACUGAUAUUAAGAACCCAGUUUCUGAACCACCGUCAAUUAAAUCUUUAUCUUUAUCUCCUACAAAUUAUAAAUUGGAAAACAAACCACAUUCACUGUCAGUUGAAAAUCAGUUUGAAAAAAAUUUGUUUGAAAGUCUAAAUGAACAAAAGGAGUAUAAUUUUAGUAAAUGCUACCCAUUCCAUCGUCAACUAAUAACAUUCCCCACAAAUCAAUUGAAGUUUAAUUUUCCUAUUCCAUUUACAGGCAAUACCAUCAAGAAAGCUAUAUGUUCUUCAAUUUAUUCAUUUUUAAAUUUACAGAAUGCAUUAGAAGUUACUAGAUUUGUAAUUAUAAAUGAGAAGAGAUGGGAAUUAUAUGAAUAUGCUGUACCUACUUCAGAUACGAGAUCUCUGGUGAAACCUAAAUUAAUUUGUUGUGGUAAACUGACUGGUGAAUAUGGAGAAAGUUUGAAUAAUUUAACAUUUUCAAUUGAUAAUGAAAUAAUAAUAAGAAAUGAUUUUAAUAAAAAUGACAAAGAUUCAAAAAUUGACCUAAAAGAAGUGUUAUCAAAUUAUGAUCAAAUGUAUUGUAAAUUAACUAAAAAUUUUUUAGUAAUAUCAGGUACUAAAGGAGUAAUGAGAGUAUUUAAUAUUGAUCCAGAAUCAACGGAAUAUAAACUAGGUCAACCUAUAUAUACAUAUCUUACUAAUUUUCCAAUUAGAUGUAUUGCAAUCUCACCAAAUGAAUCAUUAAUAGCUUGUGGAAUAACCGCAAAGGAAAGAAUGUCAAAUUUAGAACAACCAUUUGUUAUACUUCACAGAUUAGUAUUUAAUAAUAAAUUGGAAAAUGUUGAUCCAAUAACUAUAACAAUUCCAUAUCGUGAUCCAAUUAAGAUUAUAAAUUUUAAUUCAACUUCUUCACAUUUAAUAAUUGCAACUACAUGGGAAUCAAGAUAUCUUAUAAUAAAACUAAAAACAGAUAAUAAUUAUAGAAAACCAAGAUUAAUAUGGUCUGAAAUUGUAUAUACAAAAGAAUUUGAAAAUAAUAAUGAAACAAAUUUAAUGAUGUCUAAUGAAAGUAUAACUGAUGUUCAAUUUGGAAAUCAAUAUUCAAAUACAGUGAUAAUAACAUCAUGUUCAUUGAAAAAAACACCACCAAUAAUAAUUAGACUUGAUGGUGCAUCAAUAGAUGAAAACGAUUCAAUUGAAAAUCAUCAUGAAGAUUAUCAUCUUAAAUCAUCAGAAAUAAUUUCUCGAUUUUCUGAAAUUGGUUCAUUAAUUCAUAAAGUUGCAAUAUCACCAAGAAAUGAUGGAUUAAUACUCUUAGAUAAAGAUGGGAAAUUGUAUUUAAUUUCCUCUCCAAAUUUCAAUAAAUAUCAAAAGAAGUUUAUAGUCUUGCUUGGUGAAGUUGCAAAUUCUGAAAGAUUUUCAGAAAGUGCUUCUGUUAUAUUUAGUCCUGAUGGUGGUAAAGUGUUUACAAUUGAUAGAAAAUGUAAUUUUCAAGUAUUUGAUUUUACUAAAGGUAUUCCUGGUGAUGAUCCAAAUGUAGUUAAAUGUAAGAUCAUAAAUGUAUAA